AACUGUAGAAGGAAACUUACAAUUCCUGGUCUGGGCGAUUCCCAUGAUUUUGGCAGUGAGCACGUGAAAUGAGCGUAGGUUAUGCACAUAUUCUUAGUAACGAUGUGCUGUGACACAAAGAAAUAAGAACUCACACCUUCGGCACACAGAUCAUGAGUGCCAGGCACUGUUCUAGGCUGUCUAUGCACCACGACUCAUUUGGUUCAAUGUACACAACCACCCUGGGUGAGAGGUACUGGUCAUGUCUCCAUUUUCCCGAUCAGCACAUUGAGGCACAGAGAGGUCAGGUAACAUCUGGAAGGUCACAGUCAGCCAUGGGGCAGCCAGGGCUUGAACCUGGCCGUGAGGUGCCAGACCCUGCUCUCAGCUGCUGUACAAGCCUGCCUGAGGGCUAUCGGCAUUUUUUGUUGUUUGUAUUCCUGUUGCGUAGCUGGGCGGGGGACACAGCCCCUGGUUUGUAGAGCACAUCAGACAGGGCCUGCUGUGGGCUGCUGUGUGAGAGGAGUUGACGGAUGUAAGCUGUGCUCCAGCCGGCCCUCCAGGCUCUGGACGUGAGCGGGGGACAUGGAUAGCUCGGAUAAUGGAAACUUGCAUAUUGUCCAGUAAGUCGCUGGAAUGAGUGAUUGGCUCUCGUUCGGGUGAGGAUGCGGGCCUUUGCCUUCCAGUCACUCGCUCUCCAGGCCCAGUCUGGGAGAUGCAUGCUGAUGUGCCCAGGAGCCCCACCGGCGAGAUGCCAGAGGGUGCCGAAGGGGUCACUGAGGCCGUGUCUCCGACGGGCCUGGGACGUGUUGGCGUAACUCAGCCCCGUGGCUGCUGUGCUGAGCAGAGGAGCAGAGACGCUGAGCUGCUGCCACGCGUUCGAGGCCAACACUGGGGCAGGACCGUCCGGAUCUCCAUGCUGGGUUGGCCCCAUGACGCCUGAGCUGGCCUCUGUCUCUGACAGAUGCUCGGAGUGGUGGCCUCUAGUCCAGGAUGCUCUCCAGAUGCAGUUCCUCUCUUCCUCCUAGGCGGCCGGGAUUGCUUACCACCUGCGGCGUCCUUGCGGCGGCGGCGGCUGGCGCGGAGGCCGGGCUACAUGAGAAGCACAGCGGGGCCCCGGAUUGGGUUCCUCUACCCAGCAGCGGCCACUGCGCUCCGGGCCCAGGGAGGGGCGUGCGGUGAGGAGUCCCACCAGUCUGAGUCCAGGGCCGGACGGGGUGGCCUUGAUCCUGGAGGCCAGUGGCGAGGCCCCUCGGUGGGGAGCCCUGUUCCUAGGAGCACAGCAGCCUCGGCUCGGACCCCUGUGGGAUACGGGGGCCUGGCAAGGACGCCUGCGAGAAGACCCUCAGGGCUCUUCGGGAUUCAGUUCCAAGUUGGCACCACACUGCCUGCCAGGCCGGCCAGGUCGUGUGGCCCUGGGGACGCAGGGUGGCAGGGCGAGCUCCCGUCCAUGGACAGUUCUGAGGCCCCCGGCGCUGGCUGGGAUGCUGGUGGCGGUGAAAGAACAAAAGACACCUGGACAAAAGGCCGUCUGUUCCCAGAGGAGGUGAAUGGUGACAGCUGCGGCCUCGGGAGUGACCCCAGGGUCCCCUCAGCCCCGGGCAGCUCUCAGGACACCUUUACCUCAAGCUUUAGCUUCAUACGGCUCUCGCUUGGCUCUGCGGGGGAGCGUGGAGAAGCGGAAGGCUGCCCGCCCUCCAGAGAGGCCGAGGCCCCUUGUCAGAGCCCCAAGGACACGGAAGCCAAGGCUGCCAGCCUGGACAGGCCCCACGAACACCCUCGACUUCUCUCUCCCCACUUCUAUCUCAAGACUACUCAGCGCCUGGCAGACCCUGCCCAGACCGCAGGGGGCAGCCACAGGCUGGAGAGGGAGACCCCGACUUUGUUGGACGGGGACACCACCUCCUGCUUCUCCCCGGGCCCCUCUGGGUCUGACGGCAGCAGCUUGGGGGACGCUCAGCGCUGGGAGACGCUGGUCCGGAGGUGCGAGCCCGUGCUGCUGGACUGCCUGCUGAGCGACCAGAGGCGGCUGGAGGUAAAAUCCCUAAGAAUAAAGCUUCAGAAACUUCAAGAAAAGGCAGUUGAGGAUGAUGAUUAUGAUAAGGCCGAGGCGUUAAGACACCGGCUGGAGGAGCUGGAUACAGAGAGGAGCAACCUGCACUUCCAGCUCCCGUCGAGGCAGCCGGCGCUCUGCAGCCUGCUGGGCCACCUGCACGCCCAGGUCCAAGCCGCCGAGCACCGCAGGGCCACUCCGCCGGCCUGCGGUGAAGACCCCCACGCCCUACCCAGGGGGGAGCCAAAGCUGUUGGAACCCAGCGCUCAGGACAGCCUGCGUGUGUCCGUCACCAGACGAGACUGGCUUCUUCAGGAGAAGCAGCAGUUGCAGAAAGAGAUCGAAGCUCUCCAAGCAAGAAUGUCCGUGCUGGAAGCAAAAGACCAGCAGCUGAGAAGGGACAUAGAAGAGCAGGAGCUCCUCCUCCGAUGGGAGGACUGCGACCUGCCCGCCCUGGUGUGCGGGCUGUCCCCCGGCGAGCUGCGGGAAGUCAGCGAGGCCUUGCGGGACACAUUGGCCUUAGCCAGCCAGAUUCCCCUCCGUGCAGAACCGCCUGAAACUCUCACGAGCCUCCAAGAACAGAUAAAAUCCCUCAACUUGUCCCUUAAGGAAAUCACUGCUAAGGUGUGUACGAGCGAGAGACUCGGCAGCACUCUCAGGAAAAAAGUGAGUGACAUUGAAGACCAACUCCCGGUGUUGCUUGAAGCCAAAAUGCUGGCCGUCUCAGGAAGCCAUUUCUCUACAGCCAAGGAGCUCACCGAGGAGAUUAGAUCAUUAACAUCAGAAAGGGAAGCGCUGGAGGGACUCCUGGACAAGCUUCCGGCACUGAGUUCCAGGAAUGUCCAAAAGCUGGGUGGUGUGAAGGAAGAUUACAGCAGGCUGAGAAGACAGCUGGACGAGGGGGAGACCGCCUACGAAAUGAGUGUGAAGGAGAGUGCUCUGAAGUACAUGGAGAUGCUCGAGGAUAAGCUGCGUAGCUGCAAGUGUCCACUCCUUGGAAAAGUGUGGGGAGCUGACUUGGAAGCUUGUCGGUUGCUUAUCCAGAGCUUACAGCUCCAGGAGGCCACAAGCACACUGUCUGCGGAAGAUGAGAAGCAGACAGAUGACUUAGUGGGAACCAUCUGUCCAUCCACUCUUGCCAUAUCCCCCAGGCUCCACUAUGAAGUUGAGAGGAAGACCUCUUUGCAGGUCUUCGAAGACUGGAAGGCUCACCCGAGUCCAUCUCUGUACUUUGCUGGCAGCGAACAGAAAGAGGAAUCUUGGCUCCUUUCUUUGGAACUUGGAGAAAAAUGUGAAGCCAUAAACAAGAAGUUACUGUACUUGGAAGAUCAGCUUCACACAGCCAUCCACAGCCAUGAUGAAGAUCUCAUUCAGUCUCUCAGGAGGGAGCUCCAGAUGGUGAAGGAAACUCUGCAGGCCAUGAGCCUGCAGCUCCAGCCGGCAAAGGAGGCGGGAGAGAGAGAGGCUACGGCAUCCUGUGUGACAGCUGGCGUCCGGGAGGUGCAGGCCUGAGGCGCGUGAUCUAAGGGAGCUAAUUAACCCCAGGAUCUGGAAUUAACAGCUUUUCACCUUCUCCUGCGAGUCACUAUAAUCUCAGAAGAAUGCAUAGGAAAAAUUCCAAAAGACAUUGCUUUAAAGUAACAACCUGUCAGUGAGGCGCCGUCUUCUGAUUUUCCUAUUACGGCAACUCCUGUUUCUACCGAAAGGGUCCCUGGUGUUUCGCCAGGACAUCCCGAAAUUUGCCCACAAUGACAGUGGGGUGGGAGCAGGGGCAUAAAGGGGUCAGAUGACAAGUUCAAACUUCUGGGCCUCUCCUUUUUUCCUGCCUAACAUGUUUCACUCAGUGCCGGGCAGGACGUGGAUGUGAAAACGUUCUUUCAGUCCACUGCAGUAUUCAGUAAAAGAGUGCAUGCUCGGGAAGGCAGGAGAGUACUGAGGAGGACAGUGCA